AUCACUUAUAGCUAAGUUAUUUAAAAGAUGAGUUCAUAUAGUCAUGCAAAAUAGGUUAUUAUUCUUUAAAAAAAGGAACAAAUUAUUUUUGAGUGUAUUGGCUGAAUAUAUGAUUUAAUAGAUGUAUAACAAAAAGGCUCUUUGUAUUUAUGCAGUUGUGUUAAGUGCCAACACAUACAAAAUGACAUACAAAAAGUGACAUGAUCAAACAUAGGCUAGGACUAUUAAUUAAUUGCUCUUGAUAAAAGACUUUACUUUCCCAUCAUGAGUAAAGCCAGUUCCUGUUUAAUUAAUAUACUGUAGGACAAGCUUGUCAUUUUUGAUUUAUCAGAGCAAUGAAACAAUAUAAAAAGUUGUGAGUGUGUGCAUUCGGCCACUGGUUGAACUGAUCUCUCAUCAACACUUGCUUUAGCUGGAACUUUUACAACAUGGUGGGUUUGCUGAGAGUGUGUAUUCUUCUCUUCAUGGUGGUCUCCUGUAGUGCCGAGUGCUAUAUUCAAAAACCUCAAGUUGAUUUGUCAUCUGUCCACAACACGACAGACAACCUACAAGGUUGUGUGGACUCUGAUGGAGUAAUCCAUGACUUCAACUCUGAAUGGGAGAAGGACUGUUACAACUGUCUUUGUGCACUAUUUGGCAUUAGAUGCUGUAACAAGAUCCCAACAGUAAUAGAUCACCCUGAUGAAUGUGAGAUGGUCGUUGACAAAACAACCUGCUCCUUCACUCUAGCACUUGUUUCAGACCACAGCAAACCAUGCCCAGUUGCUUAACACUUCUGGAUGCAAUCACACAUCUAUGGAAUAUGGGUAGAAAACAUUACAAAGAAAUUACAAAUAAAUGAAAGGCUUAUCAUAAAAUGAUUUUUUGCUUUCUCUGGAUUUUAAUCCAUUGUAAAUGUGCAGAAUUGUUGCAAAUUGCAGUUAUCAUCUCUGCUGGUUCUGAAGUGUCCAGCUUGAAUUCAGUUUUAAAAUUGGCUCUUUACACUCCUUUUAAGUUGUUUGUGUUCUACUUCCUACAAUGUAUUUUUCAUGCUCAUAUUUAUGGAAGGCAUAUGACAUGGAAGGCAUAUGAU